CCUUGUGUCCUCCUCAGUCUCCUCCUCUCUGUGUCGCUUCUCCUUUAAGCGCAGUACCAGCCCCGGUGACGUCAGCAUGAAGCCCUGCUCCUCCCGGUGAGUCGGUCGGACGGAGUGAAGUGAGUCUGGCGUGCUCUCCGACUUUUCUCCUUCCUCCUCUGUCUGUCUUUCGUUCUCUGUUUAUUAUUAUUACCCCUUUCUUUCUUUUUUUAUCAUCAUUAUUAUUUUUUAAACUCUUUAAAGUUUCACCUCACCGCUCGACGAACCCGGUACCGGCUCCGUUGGGGGAUGUUUUCAGAGGAAAGUUCGUGAAGUGGUCUUUGAGGAACCGGCGGACCGGAGAUGGAUGAGCUAACCGAUAGCUGAGCUUGUUAGCCGAGAAUCACGGGGUCAAGAAUAGGAUCGAGCUUAGCAUGCUAACGGCUAGCUGAUUUUUUUUUAUUAUUUUUUUUUAUUUUUAAAUCGUUUUACCGACUUUAAGUUGAACCUGUUACCGGACAGAACCACCGGCGGUGUUUUCAGGCCCGGAACAGGCCGGCUAUAACCCAGGAAGAGGACUCGGUGUGUUUUUAAAGAAGUGUUGUCGAGAGGCGGUUUGUUCGUCUCUCCCUCUCUCUACCCAUGCUGUCCAACGCACAGAACCAGCCACUGUUUCCCAACCCGGCGGGUCAGCAGCAGAACCCGGCCGGGCAGCAGCAGCAGAACCCGAACCCGAACCCGACCGGUCAGUUCCUCCCCUUCCUCGCCAGACCCAACUUACAGAUCAAGAAGAACGCCAUCACCGAUGACUACAAGGUGACCAGCCAGGUGCUGGGGCUGGGCAUCAACGGGAAGGUGCUGGAGAUCUUCCAGAAGAAGACCGGGGACAAGUAUGCGCUCAAGAUGCUGCAGGAUUGUUCCAAGGCCCGCAGGGAAGUGGAGCUCCAUUGGAGGGCAUCACCUUGUGCCAACAUUGUGCGCAUCAUCGACGUCUACGAGAACCUUUAUCAAAGCAGAAAGUGUCUGCUUAUCGUUAUGGAAUGCAUGGACGGUGGCGAGCUUUUUAGUCGAAUCCAGGACAGAGGAGACCAGGCCUUCACAGAGAGAGAGGCGUCCGACAUCAUGAAAAGCAUCGGCGAAGCGAUACAGUUCCUCCACGCAAUCAACAUCGCCCACCGAGACGUCAAGCCAGAGAAUUUACUGUAUUCAACGAAGAGGCCCAGCGCCCUGCUCAAACUCACAGACUUCGGCUUUGCCAAGGAGACCACUUCACACAACUCUUUAGCCACUCCCUGCUACACACCCUACUAUGUUGCUCCAGAGGUUCUGGGCCCAGAGAAAUAUGACAAGUCCUGUGACAUGUGGUCGUUGGGUGUCAUAAUGUAUAUCCUGUUGUGUGGGUACCCUCCUUUUUAUUCUAACCACGGUCUAGCCAUUUCUCCUGGGAUGAAGAGGAGGAUCAGGAUGGGCCAGUAUGAGUUUCCCAACCCGGAAUGGUCUGACGUAUCAGAGGAAGCUAAACAACUGAUCAGGACCCUCCUGAAGACUGAGCCCACACAGAGGAUGACCAUCACAGAGUUUAUGAAUCAUCCAUGGAUCAAUUCGAUGGAGGUACCCCAGACCCCGCUUCACACCAGCCGGGUGCUAAAAGAGGAGAAGGACGCAUGGGAGGAUGUCAAGGAGGAAAUGACCAGUGCCUUGGCAACGAUGAGGGUCGACUACGAGCAAAUCAAGAUCAAGACCAUUGAGGACUCGACCAACCCACUGCUAACGAAACGGAGGAAGAAAGCCAACAACACCAUGGCGGACCCGCAGUCCGCCGCCCACUGAAAAGCUGCACGUUGUAUGCAUGCACAUACAAAAACACAGGUUGUAAAAAGGAAGCAAUAAUUUGUCGACAACGUGAGUCGCAUUGCAUGGAUUUUUUUCUCAGUGUUUUAUUUUUCAUGGCAAAUUCUAAUGUUUUGUAGGAGUGUUUGUUUUUAUUACUCUACCAUUUUAACAACCCCUCACCCCCCCCUCUCUGCUAAGAGGAGGACGUUUAUCUGUGUUUUUACACCAGUUGAAGAGAUUAUGAAUUCUAGAAAAGGAGAGGAGAGGAGAUCGGUGCGACCUCCUCUCCUCUCCUUUCCCAAAUAUCAGGUUGUGUACUCCGAGGGGCUUUGAUCGUUGGGAUGGGAUGUGAAGCCUUAGCAUUAGCAGUAGUUCCUUUUCACCCCCCCACAGCCCUGUUCUAGCUCGAGCCCCAAACCUGUGAAUGUUAAAUCAAACGGCUAAAUCCCAAAAAGAAAAAAAAAUAAUAGCAAGGGAAGGUUUCUUUUUACGUAUACAUGCAAAGUAAGCAGAUGUAUUUUGAACUGACAAGUGGAAUGUAAGGACUGUCCCCUGACUGUUUUGGAGUGAGCUGGAAAUAGUCAAUACUCAUUUCUGGGACUUGUACUGAGGGGAGCGUCUGUCAGGUUCAGUUUGUCUUUGUGAAUGUCGAACAGAGGCCUAUGCACUCAACAUAUUAAAAGGGUCAUGUGCCAUUCUGACAGAGCACCUCACUCUUGGCUCCUCUCUUCUACCUGAAUCUACUCUUGUUUUUUCGGGUACGUAGUUUUAGGGCGGAGAAGGGACACCACGUUUAAAUAAAGAACAGAAAAAAAGAAAAAAAAACGGGCUCCACCUUUCUCCUGCAUGUAGCUCAUAGGAGAGUAAGAGCCAACUGAUACUGUAUUUUUUCAUGGAUUUUAUGAAUAUAUUAGCAUAGGCCUUACUGAGUGUUGCUAAAGCAGCAGAUAUGACUUUUAACCCCCCUACCUUACCAUUUGGUUCAGGCUUUUACCGAUGUUAUGCUUCAGAAUUUAUAACAUUGCCAGAUUAUAUUUCAGGUUAAUGCUAUGCAGAUGUGUUUGUCAGCUUGAAGUUCUGCUAGGACCUUUUUUUUUUUUUUGUUAGUGUUGAUUUCUGUUUGCAAAGAUUGACUGGAGGGAUGUGGAGCAACAAAUUGGGAGUGUGUGUGUGUGUGUGUGUGUGUGUGUGUGUGUGUGUGUGUGUGUUUAAAUGUAAGCAGUAGCACCCUCGAAGGAAGACACGGUUUGGACAGACGAGUUCGAGCUCCGGAGACUUUAGCGUUACUCUCAGGAGGCUCUGUGGGACUAAUCUGGCGCCGUGCCGGCGUUCUCCAACACUUUUUUCCUCCCGUACUUCCUGCGGUGGGGGGGAUUGAGAGAAAAGUAGAAAGUACUUAAGAGCUGCUCCUCACCUCGGAGCAGAAUCUGACAUACCACCAGCAAGCUGUCGUCACAUUCAGACCCGGGUUUCUCUUCCUGUUGACACGACAGGACGCUUCCCUUGGCUCACUUGGGAUCAUGGGAAAUUAUUGUGUUGUUUUUUUUGUUUUGAAUUUGUCGGUUUUGGUCCACUUCACUUUGUGACAUCACAUCCACGUCACCUGUCACAUGGCACCUACAAAUCUCUCACUGUAAAAAUGUUAAUUGAAUGUUUGUGACGAUGUUCCUCCUGUUUUUUUUGUUUUUUUUGUAACCCCCCCCCAACACUUUUUUUGUAGUGGAAGCACAGAAGUGUAUGUCUUUAUUUUUUUCUUUUUUUUUUCUCCUGUCAUUGAGUCUGUUCAGCACCACCUGCCAUACUUUUGUCUGCUUCAGCUUUGGAUUAAAAAACACACAUAAAAAA